AUGGCACCUAAGUACGAUUUCGUGAUCGUUGGCGGCGGAACAUCAGGCUGCCUUCUCGCUCAUCGACUCUCCCACUCCGCACGUAGGCCUUCUGUUCUUCUCCUUGAAGCUGGCAUCAACCCCUCCGGUGACUACCUCCGUGCGCCUUACCACCGGUACUAUGCCCAAGCUCUGCGCCCGGAUCUAGACCAUGGCUAUGUCUCCGAGCCUGAAUCCGCUUUGAACAGCAGAAUCAUACCAUAUACAAGAGGCAAGGGCCUAGGCGGAAGUUCCAUCCUGAACUUCGCCGUGUAUCUCUACGGCAGUAGUGAGGACUACAAUCGCUGGAGCGAACUAGUCGGCGAUGAUAGCUGGAAAUGGGAGUCUGUCAAGAAAUCCUUCCAAGCUAUUGAGAAUUAUGACUUUUCAGGCUCAGAAGAUUACAAACACCUCGCUGAUCCUAGCGCCAAUCCCCAUGGUACCGAAGGUCAGUUGAAGGUUGGUCUUCCGCCUGUGCUUGAGCAGGGUGUGGUACCCCAGAUGGAGGGGCUGGCUGCGGCGGGAGAAAAGAUCAAUCUCGAUCUUAAUUCGGGGGAUCCGAUAGGUAUUGCGGUUUUGCCGCAUAGCUAUAGUAAGGAGGGGAGGAGUACUAGUGCGAUUGCGCAUCUGGUCGAUCCACCAGGUAACCUUGAGGUAUGGACGGAUGCAAAAGCGGAGAAGUUCGUAUGGGAUGGGAAGAAGGUCGUUGGCGUUGUCACGGAAGAUGGACGAGAAGCGAUGGCAAGCAACGAAGUUAUCAUCUGCGGCGGUUCAAUCGACACGCCCAAACUUCUCCUUCUAAACGGCAUUGGACCGAGACCCGAGCUUGAAGCUCUCGGCAUCGACGUCAAAGUCGACUUACCCGGCGUAGGCAAGCAGCUAAAAGAUCACGUCCUCACCUUCAUGACAGUAGAAGUCUCGGGCUCAAUCAACUCCAAGUACGCCUUUGACAACAACCCGGAACUCAUCGCGUCCGCCCAGGAAUCUUGGACCAAAGACCAAACCGGCGCUUUUGCCCUCCAGCACUCGUCGCUCUGGGGCGGCUUUCUCAAACUACCAGAUCUGGAAUCGUAUGAAGAGUACUCCGCGCUUCCGCCCGACGUCCAAGAUUUUCUAUCCAAAGAUCAAGUUCCAGCGUAUGAAUUUAUCAACAACUCUAUCCUUUGGCCACCAGGUACACAGCUCGAUGAAGGAAACACGUACAUGACUUUCCUUGCCUUUCUCAUGAAUCCACAGUCCAGCGGCUCCGUAACACUGCGGUCAGCGAACGCAUCCGACAAGCCAAUCAUCACAUUGAACUUUCUUACGCAUCCCUACGACGUCCGCGUUUUUCGCGAAGCUAUCCGCAAUACGUGGCAGAAAAUGACAGGGAAUUCUGCUGUCGCUCCGCAUAUUGUGCGUACAAUUCUUGGUCCAAAGUCCAUGGAAGAUGCGGAGUUGGAUCGUUUUGCAAGAGAGAAUGCGAGUACAGUGUGGCAUGCUUGCGGUACGUGUAAGAUGGGGAGGGAAGAGGAUGCAGAAGCGGUUGUGGAUAGGGAGUUUAAGGUUAGGGGAGCGGAGGGGUUGAGGGUGGUGGACAUGAGUGUUGCGCCUGUUACGACGAACAACCAUACGCAGGCUACGGCGUAUUUGAUUGCGCAGAAGGCGGCGGAGAAACUGGUUGCCGAAGGUGGAUGCACGCUUUACUGUCAUAAACGAGAGACAGAUUUGACCUUCCUCUUCGGUGACAUUGACAGUUUGCUGCGUACUUGUCAUCGACUUACGGUGUAG